AUGUUUGAUGAAAGACCAAUACAUCUUAAAUCCUUCCCACAGGAAAUCGCCGUGGUGAUGGUAAUUUGUAUGGCACAGUUUCUUACCCAAGGAGGGGUAACUAUGUGUCUUAGUACCAUGAACUUAAUCCUUGAAUCUUUUGCUGAAAGGUCAAAUACAGAUAUAGAGCCAACCCUCAAGGUCUGGUUUAUGGGUUCAUAUGCUUUAACAGUCGGAACUUUUAUUCUCAUCUCCGGGCGCAUUGGAGAUAUAGUUGGACUUAAAAAAGUAUUUAUUACCGGUUGGAUUUGGGUAACAGUAUGGAGUUUAAUAUCAGGUUUGUCCGUAUUUUCAAACUCCAUCACCUUUUUCAUUAUUUGUAGAGCUUUCCAAGGUAUUGGGUUUGCUCUUUUAUUACCUUGUGGUUUGGGGAUUCUAGGAUUCAUGUAUGCUCCAGGAAGUCGUAAAAAUUUUGUUUUUGGACUAGUUGGUGCACUGGGACCUGUUGGAGCCACUAUUGGUGCUCUUAUGGCUGCUGUUAUUGCUCAGCUAGGAUGGUGGCCAUGGGAAUUCUGGGCACUUUCCAUUGCAUCAACAUGUUUUGGUAUUAUUUCAUAUUUCACUAUCCCUCAUUUAGAGAUUGAAGAUGAUUCUAAACAAGUAAUAGAGUCAAAACUUAAACAGUUUGACUUUUUGGGCUCCAUUUGUGGUGUUUUUGGUUUGAUUUUACUCAAUUUUUGUUGGAAUCAAGGACCAGUUGCUAAUUGGAGUGCUUAUAUUAUUGUCCUUCUUAUCCUCAGUGUCUUGGCAAUUGUAGGAUUUUUCUACCUUGAAAUAAAGGUUGUUGAAAAUCCUCUUCUUCCAAGAUGUGUAUUCAAUUAUAAGAUUGGACUUGUAUUGAUUUGUAUUGCCUUGGGAUGGGGUUCAUUUGGGGUAUGGCAAUAUUAUUACUGGGUCAUUGUUCUUAAUUUCAAACAUUACACUCCAAUUGAAGGAAGUGUUGCAUUCAUGCCAUUCCUAGUAUUGGGAUGUAUUGCUGCUAUGUUGUGUCUGUAUGUCAUCUCAAGAACAAGACCAUCUUAUAUUAUCUUGUUCUCUACUAUUGCAUUUAUGUGUGGAGAUAUCAUGUUGAGUGUUACUCCUAUUGAUCAAUCGUAUUUUAGAGUACUCUUUGGUCAAAUGUUUUUAUUGGCAUGGGGAAUGGAUUUAAGUUUCCCCGCAGCCACAAUUAUUUUAUCUGAUUGUCUUCCAAAACAUUACCAAGGAAUGGCAGGUUCAUUAGUUGCCACAGUUGUAAACUACUCAGUUUCCUUGGCAUUGGGCAUUGCUAGUGUAGUGGAAACCGAGACUUUACAGAGAACUAAUGACGAUCUUAAAAGUAUUCGUACAGCCCUUCAUUUCGGUACUGGACUUGCUGCAGGUGGAGUUUUAUUCUCUAUAGUAUUUGUCAUCGUACAGCAUAUAAAUAAUGAUAUGGGGACCAUGGUACAUAAAGAUGAAGAGGAGAAGACUGACACCAGCUCAACUGAUGAAAUAAAAUAA